GCGGAGCGGGCCGGGCGGGCCGAGCGGGCCGGGCGGGCCGGGGCUGCGGAGAUGCCGCUCUUCGCCCCCAACCCCUUCGAGCAGGACGUGGAAAAAGCUACAAAUGAAUAUAACACCAGCGAGGACUGGGGGCUUAUUAUGGAUAUCUGUGACAAAGUUGGAAGUACUCCCAAUGGAGCAAAGGAUUGCCUUAAAGCCAUCAUGAAAAGAGUAAACCAUAAAGUUCCCCAUGUGGCUUUGCAAGCACUUACACUUUUAGGAGCCUGUGUAUCAAACUGUGGAAAAAUAUUUCACUUAGAAGUGUGUUCUCGGGAUUUCGCUAGUGAAGCUCGAGGUAUAAUAAAUAAGGCUCAUCCGAAAGUAUCUGAAAAGCUAAAAGCUCUGAUGGUGGAGUGGUCGGAAGAAUUUCAGAAGGACCCUCAGUGUAGCUUAAUAUCUGCAACUAUUAAAUCUCUGAAAGAAGAAGGUGUAACUUUUCCUGCAGCUGGAUCGCAGGCUACCACAACUGCUGCCAAGACUGGCUCCUCAUUAAGUAAAAACAAAGAAGAUGAAGAUAUAGCAAAAGCUAUUGAAUUGUCCUUGCAAGAGCAGAAACAGCAACAAAUGGAAACUAAAUCCUUGUACCCAUCAGCAGAGAUUCAGCAGAACAACCAGAACUCGAGGAAGGUGCGAGCUCUGUAUGACUUUGAAGCUGUCGAGGACAAUGAGCUCACCUUCAAAAGUGGAGAGAUUAUUUUUGUUUUGGAUGACAGUGAUGCCAAUUGGUGGAAGGGUGAGAAUCACAGAGGAGUAGGACUGUUCCCAUCUAAUUUUGUGACUUCUGACUUAAACGUGGAACCCGAGGCAGCAACUGUGGAUAAAAAUUCUGCUCCUGAGGAUGCUACAGAAGAAAUUAAGAAAGCAGAACCUGAGCCAGUUUAUAUAGAUGAGGAUAAGAUGGAUAAAACACUGCAGGUACUUCAGAGUAUAGAUCCUACAGAUUUAAAGCUUGAUUCUCCAGAUCUUCUAGACUCAGAAGAUAUUUGUCAGCAGAUGGGACCAAUGAUAGAUGAAAAACUAGAAGAGAUAGAUAGAAAACAUUCGGAAUUAUCAGAAUUAAAUGUGAAAGUUCUAGAGGCCCUGGAGCUCUAUAACAAACUGAUGAAUGAAACACCGAUGUAUUCGGCCUACUCAAAACUCCACCACCCUGCACAAUACCCACCUACAUCUUCUGGUGUUCCAGUGCAGUCGUAUCCUGUACAGCCACCUAGUGGAAACUACAUGGUCCAGGGUGUUCACCAAGUCGCCAUGCCCCCAGGUUACAGCCUAGGACCUGACCAGAUGGGGCAGCUGAGGUCCCUGCCUCAAAGUAUCAAUUCUUCUGGAGCAGCUCAGCCAGCUCAAGCCACGUAUUUAAGCCCAGCACCGGAUCCUGUGCUGAGCCAGCCCUACGUGAGCCAGCCCCCCAGCACAGCUGCCUACCCCCCGCAGCCCCUGGGAAUGUCCCUGGAUAUGGCAGCCUACCAGAACAACACAUCGAGUCUGCCUCAAGGACCAGCUUAUCCCGUGGCAGUUCCUGCUCAUUCUGUUCUACAGCAACAAACAAAUUACCAUCAACAGCCCCUCCUUUAAAAACAAACUGGUUCGUCUUUCUGAAUCCAUGAGUACAGGUUGCCUGACCUAGUGAAUUUUGUGAGGACCUGUCACUGAUAUCAAAAUACAUUUUCCUUUUAAGUCACCCCACCUAUUGCAGAGCAAAAAUAUGCAUCAGAUCUGAUUGUUAAGCAUUUGCAUGAAGACAGCUGGUGGUUUGAAAUAAUGUCAGGUGACUCUGGGCCCUUCUUGCAGUGGCUUCAAGAAACGCCACUUGUGAAUCCUAAGUUAAAAGGUUGACCACAAAUAGUUUUCUUUUGAACACGUUUAUGAAAACUUGAGGAAGCUAAAUCCUUGUUGCACACUGCUCUGGUUCUGCAUUGCCUCCUCUGGUAUCUUACUGUAAUUCUUCUGUCCAGGUGGCUUUUAGAGAAUCCCUGCUGACUUAGGCACCACCUUCCCCCAGAUCGGGGACGUGUUCUGCGUAACUGGAACAGCUGGAAGAGAAAAUGAUUUGAUACUGUGGCAGAGAGGGCUGUGGAGAAAUGAGAUUUUUGCAGUGCUGCCUAUUAGAUGUUGGGAAACUACAGGGACCUCCUGAUGUGCUUCUGUUGAAGAAAAAGGGUGGGGUGUUGCCGGGGCUUGCUGGUGUCUCUUAGCAGAGGUGGUUCUGUGAGUACAAGCCUCCCAGGCCAGGGCUGCUCCCAGGGCUGCUUUCCUUUCUCUGCUGCCAUUUCCAUCUCUAAAUGAUGAUUGCAGCCAGAGAAACUCUUACACCAUUUGAAAAGGUGUGUUUGACACGCUGUGUAGGCAGAAUGCACGUGCUUGGUGAGUGGGACUGUGCUCCUCAUUUGCUACAGGGAGGAGCCGGUGCCUGUGGAGAACCUGUGUCUUGAGAAGGGGAAUUGCCUGGGAGCUCUGGAAGCAGAGCACUUGGUGGCUGAGAAAAGAAACGUGAGCUUUUCUUCCCUGAUGCACUUUUUUGAUGGGUGGGUUUUGUGCAAGAGGAGCAGAUAACCUGAAUUAUCUUCCAGGAAUGUGGGAUUUCUUUCUUUUAUUGUUUAAAACUCUGAAAAAAAAUCACUUCCUUCUCCUCCUGUUUACCUGCUCACUUUAGCACAGUCAUAUUUAUACCUAUUUUAACAAUUUCAUGGUGAGUAAUAAUCUGUAGAUUGGGAAAAUAAUGGAAGCAAAUUACUGAUAAAAAGAUCUUGAUUAAAUGCAUGAAACUCCCAGGUGUCUAAAUAAGUGAAUUUUCUACCAAAUGAGAACUGUCAGCUUGGAGGCUGUUGUUGAGUAAUAACCCCCCCCUCUUCACUCAGUGCCACCUCCAUUCCUUUUACCUUUCAGUUAAUUUAGUAUCAUGUCCUUAUUCAUUUGCAGCCUCAUGCUUCUGCAGUAUGAUAUUCAGUACCUCCUCCUUAAACCAUUUUUUUUAAUUUAAAUGUGUGCAAUUGGAAGGAAGCUUUUGCCUUUCCUUUUGACAUGACUUUAAUUUGCCUUCAUCCUUCCCCCCCUGAGACUCAUUCAGUAUAAAUAACACAUGUUGCAAUACUGAAGCAUUUUGACAACUUGUUCUUUAAGAGAAAUAAUUAAUAUCAAUGCUGCUCUUCAAAAUUCUUAUUGUUUUGAGAUUUAAUUAUUUUUUUUGGUAAGAGUUGUUAAGAAUGUUAAGAGUUGACUUUGUUCCAGGUUGGUGUGUAGUCAGACUAAACCUUGCUGUCUUUUAUGUAGAUCCUCCGUGUUUGUUAGUAAAUUGAGACUAAGGUAGGUAUUUUUAUUGGAUUCAAAGCUUUGGUCCAACAGAAAUAUUGAGUAUCUUAAAAUGGGAUGGUUAGAUGUGCUUUAAUUAUGUUCAGUUCAUUAUUAAAUAUAAAUAAUGUACAUACUCAUUUGUCUGAGAUUUUCUACACAGCUACAUGUAUGCGUACUGUUGAAGCCUGAAAUUUUAUAAAAGCAGGAUUUGUCAUUCUGUCAUCUCUUAUCUUCCUAAUUCUGUGAUAUGCAACUUGUAGAUAGUGUAAAAUAAUUUAAUUAUUAUUAAAAUAGUGUAUUUAGAGGGUUUUGGUGUUAAUAGGAUCUGUUUUUUCUCUUCCAUACUUCUCUACAUUAUCAUAUUUAUUUUUAAGGCCUGAUUGUAACUGAACAUGCUGCCAAAGGAUUUAUCUAACUUGGGAUUUCUACAUUAGGUUUCUACCUGCUGUUUUAUAUCAGGAAUCAAUGGUAGAGAACCUCUGCUUUUUCAUGUGAACUCGAUGGUUAACAUAGAAAUUUGUGCGACUUUAUAAUGAGAAUUUUAUUGUAAUAUAUUCGUUCGGUGGGUGUUGGGAAAUACCAAUACUAGAUCAAUUUUCUUCUAGUAUGAGUUGGCAACCUGUUAUGUCUAAGUUAUAGUCAGCUGAAAGCAGCAGUUGGGUUUGUCUGUAGUGUGACCACAGAGAUGUGUUUGGAGAAGCUCCGCUCUUCCCUACAGCCUGGGUGUGACAAACGCAUCGUCACUUUCGUGUGGUUCAGAAAUCACAAUGUUAAACCAUAAUUGUGUUUGUGACAAGCAAACCUCUAAGGGAAUGUUCUGUGUUGGUUUCACUUUGGGUUUUGUUGGUAGAUGUUCAUGGGCCUGUGUCAUUCUUUUGGAGGCUGUCCCUCAGAACGGGGAGCUGAGUGGGCCCUGGCUGCAGCUGCAAUCUCUUACAGGAGUUAUUUUCUGAUAGGAAGGGUUUGGGGUUUUUUUCUUCUUUUUAUCUAUGCAUCUUUUCUAAGAAAUAAUAGGCACUACUCUUGCUUACACUGAACACUGUGAUGGGUCUGUUGAGUGAAUAACUUUUUAGAAUUUAUGGCUCUUACCAGUUAAAUUUUAAAUGAAGCUGACUCUCAAAAUGUUUUGAAUUGGUGAAAACGAAAAAUGAAGGAAAGGAAAUAGAGCUGGGGCAGGUUCUGAGCACUGCUGAGCUGGCACAGCUCUGCUGCCUUCACCAGCACAGGGACAUCUUGGGAUGGCCAGCAAGGGAUGUGGCCACUUACGGAUGGCAGCCUCAACCUGGGGUUCAGAGCAAGCUUCUGCCUCCUGCUUUGUCCGGGGUUUGAGGGAACACGUCCUGGGUAAAAGAUGUAUCACAGUUCUUACAGAAAAUUAUCUUAAAGAGUUUGCAGUUUGUUCUGCUGGAGUAUCCAUGUGGCCUCCUGUCUGCAAUAUGUGUGCGUUGCCUUGUGUGAAUAAAACAACGUUUGUUUAACAA